AUGAGAACUCGAGAUUUGUAGAAGCUUGUCUUUGAAGCAUGCAUCGAACUUCUUGAUAGCAAUAUAAUCACUACGAUACCAUACAUAUUCUUUAUAAUAUUAGACACAGUAAUCAAAGGACUCUAUGGAAUUGCUUUUAACUUUUACUUUGUUAAGGGCUCAGGAGUUUAAUUUCUUUAAAAUGAAGAGGCAAUUUCCUUUUGUGUAUUUGCUUCAACAGGCUAUUUGAUGCUCAUACUCAUAAUGCUAAUAAUAAUCAUUUUUACUAGAGGUGAAGUUUCUAAUUUGUUCCGAGGCUUGAUUAGAAAAGUACUACUUGUUUGCCUUAAAGCUAAUAACACCUUUCUUAUGGUACCUCUCUAAGUAAUCACCUUCUAGUGCUUCAGAUUGGGCAUCUAAAACUCCUUUUCAAAUUUCAUUCAAGUUUAUCAUUUGGCGCUCUCAAUUCUCUCACUAGUAAUCCAAGUUUCACUAUUCCUAUUUACUGAAACUUUUCUAUUUUGUUUCUUUCCAAACAAAAAUAUACCCUGGAGCAAACCAAGUACUGGAAUAGAUCUCAUGAAAUAUGCUAUAAAUGUUACCUUCAGUAUAUUGUUGAUAUUUGAUCAUGAAAGUAAUACUAUAGAUAUCAUUCUAUUUAUUUUCAUUAGCUGCCUUCAAAUGUUUGGUUUCCUACUAGUUCUAUUUCAGAUUCCCUACUACAGUUUAUUUGUGGAUACAGCUAUUGUUGCAGAGGGAUUAACUUUAUCAUACAUCUAUAUCUUUGCGAUCUUGAAGGGGAUAUUACAUUUGGAAUAAGGAAAAGUAUCUUUUGAUUUGGUAUUUUCAUUUACUUUGUUCGUACUUUUAUUUUGCAUAUACAAGGUUCGAACUACUCAGAUAGAAAGAACAUUCUUGAAAUCUCAUAAAUCUAUGAAAGAUUUUAAGAUUCAAUUAGUAGAGCUUAUUAGGUUAUCAAAUCGAGGCAAAUUAGAUAUGGUGAUAUCACUUUAAUCUUGGAUAAUCCAGCACAAGCAGACAUGCAAUAUGGGUUAAUGUCUUUGCAUCCAGUUUAAGCUGCAUGAAAUUCAAAAUGUCAAUAGUAGAGCAAUAAGAUAAAUUUAAAAUAAUGACAGCGAAGGCAAUAAUAACGAAGGUAUGAGCGUUUAAAAUUACCAAGAAGAUAUAGUAUAUUAAGAUGUAAGCUUAUUUUCUGCUGUCUAGUAGGAAUUCUAUAUGUCAUAAUUCCUUGAGGAUCUUGAAAUGUUGUCAAAUGAAAAUCCAAGAGACUUUGAAAAAAGAUAGCUUUAGAAACUAUAGAGCAUGGUUAUCCUAUUAAUUAACUCUGAGAUUGAGGAAAAUGGAAAAAUAGAUACUUAAUUACAAUUCAUGAAAAUUUGCGUAGACAUCUUUCUUAAGAAUUAGAGUUAUAGAGCCUUCUUUAAGAUAUUGUAGCUAUAGCAGUCUCUGAUCAAAUUAACAAUGAAAUAAGAAUUUAUCUUGGCAUAUCUGAAGAAAUUCUUAAUUAAUAAGAUGAACAUGAAAGAAAAGUAUAAGAAAAACUCAGAAAAGGUAUUUAUAUUAAAUCAGCUAAAGUUCGAGUAAAGUUUCCAAAAAUUUAUCAUAGAUGUUUAAAGAGUAACUGAGGUAGUGGACAAUCUUUGGAAACAGAGUGCAAGUAGAAACUAUAAAAUAAUUGCAAUGACUGAAAUGAUGGAUAAAAUCAGCCAUGAUUAUAUUACUAUUUGGACUAAAUACUAAGAAAUUGAAGGCAAGUAUUUAAAUGCGGAACUACUACUCGUCUUAGCUAGAUUUUGUGAUAUGGUUAUGGGAUUCGAAUUGGAGGCAGAAAAUCUCUACUCUAAGGGUACUUCUCUUUUGAAUAGUAUAAAGUUGCAAUAAUAAAAGGGGUAAAUUAUUGAGGAAAAUAUUGAAAAUAAGAUAAAAAGCCAAGAAUUGUUAUUCAAUGUACAAUGCUCUCCUAAAUGCUUGGAUAAGAUAUCAUUUGCUAAUCAAAAGUUUCUUUAAUGGGUUGGACACAAGAUAGAAGAUAUCCCAGUUGUUAAAAACCUGUUGCCAAGCAUAAUUGCAUAGUUUCAUGAUGAUAAAAUUAUGACAUACCUUCAACAACACGAAAAGACUAGCUCUAAAAUCAAUGUUUAAUCCUGGAUUAAAACUAAAUAAGGACAUGUUAUACCAAUAGAAAUUAAAUCCAUUCCAUACAUUGACUUGAAGCAUGACUUAAGAUUUAUAACACUAAUCAAGCAAAUGAGAGAUUUCGAAGUUGAUGAGACAAAGCAUCAGUAUCACUAAGCAUUCAUUUUUCUGGUAAAUUCUUAUGGAAGAAUUGACUCAGCUUCAGAGGAAUGCCAUACAAUACUUAAUAUUGGCUAAAAAAUGAUUGAUAAUGGCUUAAGUCUACAUCAGAUAUUCCAAGGCUUUGAUUUUGAUAGAGUAUCUGAUUAUCAAAAUGGGCAGGAAUUUCAGUUAGAUAAGAGACAUUUGAUAGAGAUCCAGUAAUCAUUAGACAUUUAGUAGGAUUAACUGUAAGGACAAAGCUUUAAAUUUGGAUCGAUAAUAUUUAGUCCAGCUGACACAAAAAGGCUCUUGAUGAGUGAAGUCUCAAUUCCAAUUUACAUGAAGGUUUACAUCAAAUGCUAAUCUUAUGGGAAUAUAGAUUAAACAUAUUACGAAGUAUUUGCUAUUCCGACUAGCAGUGAUAUAAAUCUUUCUAUGGCAAUCUCACAUCAGAAGUUAAAUACAGAUUUCAAAUCAUCUUAGUUAUCUCAUAAACAAGAUAUGGUGAGUGAUUAAAUUGCGCAUAAAGGUGAAACUGGCCUACAUGAUGAAUCUGAAGAGAACAAUAUUGGCUCAUAGUCAUCAAUAACAUCAAGUUAAACUUCAAGAAGUGACAAGUAAUUCUAGCUAAUCAGAGACAUCAAAGAAAUUACAUCUUUAAAAGGAAUGCCACCGCUAAUUCUAAAAUUAAAAAAGGCUUUGAAUGUUUUCUUCUUUGUGAUGCUAGUCACUGCUAUCGUACUCUUAAUUGUCAACAUUGUGGAUAAAGUUUCAUUUAAGCAGGACAUAUAAGCAGUAGAAGAAGCAUUUAGAAUUUAAUACUAUGUUUCUAAUGUGAGGCUUAGAUUCUUGUACCUUUUUACUCAUAGUAAUGAGCCAGUAGAUCUAACAUAUGCUCGCAUUGAGAAAUAUCACUUGAUAUAGCGUUAACUUGGCAUAUACGUUGAGAAUUUUAGACUCACAAUAAACAACCUAGGCAGAGCAGUAUAGUUACUUGACAGUGAGCUCAAAGGACUGUUCUUCGAUAAUGAUCUAUUUUUAGAGGAGGUGUCUAAAGCAGGGAUGCUAUACAAUCUUACAACUUCCUUUUAGAGUGGAUGUCAAGAAGUAAUUGGCAAAGCUGAUUCUUACCAAUAUUCAAACAUAUCUACUCUGAAGAUUGAAAGACCAAUAUUCGCAAUACAGUAUGGUACUAACAAAACUGGAAGUUAUCGACUGACAAAUGAUGAGAUCAAUACAUUUUUCAUUGUUAAUAACCUUGCAAAUUCAAUCAGGAAAAGAGCAGAUAAGAUUGAAGAAUAGUUUUCCAGUGAAGUAAUAGACUUUGGGGUGCUGAGUGAAUAAAAUAUUCUGAUUUUCACUAUUGUCUGUGUAACAGUAGUUAUUAUUGCGAGCAUUAUGAUUCUGCCUAUGCUCUUUACCAUUGAUAACAAUCUAAGAGAAAGCAUUAGAACAUGGACUUAGAUUAGACAAGAAUAGAAGGAAGAGCAGAUAAAUAAGAUCUAGCAGUUUAAAGAUUUUCUGGAGCUUACAGAUUUCUUAAAUGAAAAGAAGGGCAAGAAAUACAAAGGUGUGAAGCUAUCACCAUAAAAGGCGUUUACUAAAGCUACUAAAAAUGAUAAACCAACUAAAGGUGUUAUAAGUAAUCCGAGAGCCAAUAAAUACAUAAGUCAAAUGAUUUACAAUGAGGACAUGCUUGACGAUGACAGGGAAGAAGUAAAAGAAAAUUAUCAUAAUGAUAGCAAAAGAGGUUAGCCUGGUAAAAACAAAGUAAAGGAUAGCCAGGCAGAUUUCUCUCAUAUUGUUGAUCAUGAUGAUAACAAUAACAAAAAGUAAAAGCAAGGCAAUAAGCAGGGUAAGGGGAAGUUUAAUGAAUCAGAGUCUGAGGAUGAUAUCAAUCGUCAAAAUGGUAUAAAUAAUAAUGAUCUUGAUUAGAUACAAGAAGUUUCAGCAGUUGAGACAGAGGCUGAGAGAAUACACAAAUUAUCUCAAAUCAUUACUCUAAACAAGUAUACAUUCCAAAGGAAAAUAAAAAUGGCCUCGAUUAUCAUAAUUUUCUCUGUAAUACUUUGUAGUAUGUAUGUUGGCUCUUAUUUACUUGCUAGCAAGAUCUAUGACCAAACACUAGAGGAUUUUGAGAUUCUUACUAUAGUAUCCAAUAGAUCGCCGUGCGUAGCUAGAAACUUUUUCUUCUUGAUGGAGACAUAUGUAAAAAAUUAAACCAUAGAAAAUGAUGAGAACUCAGUGAGUCAACUUCUCGAGGUAUGCAAGAAGGUGGAGUAAGAUAUCAGAGCAUUGAAGAAAGAUUAAAAGCUAUCUUAUGAAAAAAUUAAAAAUAGCAUUAAUCAAGUUGAUUCAAAGUAAUUCUGCCAAUUUUACGCUAAUGAGAUCUCCUCAAAUUAUGCCGAGAAUGAGAGUGAGCGCUUACAAUUAGUUGGCAACUGUAGUUUAGUUAAAUCAGGUCUAUUGAAUUUAGGAGUCUCUCAAGUUAUCAAUACUAUGUACCAUGAUAUUGAGCAGGCAAAUAUAUUCUUUACUAAUACUAAAGGAAAUACUGUUAAAUAACUUCAAGCUCUACUCUAUGACAAAGGUCUGGAUACUUUACUAAGUGCUUAUCUGACUUAUCUGGGCCCAACUCUAGACAAGAUUUAAAAACUAGCAAACGCCUCAUUGUAUGAGGUAUUAGAAGCAGCAUUCAACAAUUUGAUAGUAAUGUUCACUAUAUUCCUUCUAUUCCUCUUGGUUACUUGGUAUUUCAGCAUAAGGUAUCUGAUAAGAACAUUGUCAUAAACCCUAGCGAGAUCUAAAAUAUCUGUGAAAAUGAUACCUGCAAACAUAUUAAUAGCUAUUAAAGAAGCCUAAAACUAAAAUAACCCAUUAUCUAGAGGAAGUCAUGAUAAUUGA